ACUUUUUCUUGUUCACGAAUCUUAGUCUCACAUCACAGAUCUCACACCACCAUUUAAAAUAUACCUGAGCAAGAGAGUCGUGCUGUGGCCCUAGUCAAGCAGGGGAUCUCACAUACUUAAACUUCUGAUUAUUAAGCUCAUCUUCAAUCUUGGAUUUACGUCCAAUAAAAGAGAUCCUGGUCCAAGCUUUCUAGAAAGUUGGGGUUUUGUGGGAGCUUGAUUUCAAAGCUAUGGUGAAGGAGACUGAAUAUUAUGACAUAUUGGGAGUUACCUUAGAUGCAUCGGCUGCUGAGAUCAAGAAGGCUUACUACCUCAAGGCAAGACAAGUACACCCAGAUAAAAAUCCCGAUGAUCCUCAAGCUGCACAUAAUUUUCAGGUACUUGGAGAGGCCUAUCAAGUUCUCAGUGAUCCAGGAAAGCGUGAAGCAUAUGAUAAGAAUGGAAAGGCUUGUGUGGCGCAGGAGUCUAUGAUGGACCCCUCUGCUGUAUUUGGUAUGCUAUUUGGGAGUGAAAUUUUUGAAGACUAUGUUGGGCAGUUUACAUUGGCCUCAAUGGCAACUGUGGAACUUGAAGAAGAAUCACAGGUUCCAGAAGAAAGGAGGCAGAAAAUUCAUGAAAAAAUGAAGGAAAUACAAAACAAAAGGGAGGCAACUCUUAUACAAAUCUUGAAAGAUCGCCUUCAGCCUUAUGUUGAUGGUCGGAAGAAUGAGUUUGUGAAAUUGGCAAACUCAGAAGCUCGUCGUCUUUCACAAGCUUCUUUUGGAGAGGCUAUGCUUCACACAGUUGGCUAUAUUUAUACUAGACAAGCUGCAAAACAGAUCGGGAAGAAUAUCCUGUUUAUGGGGGUGCCCUUUAUAGCAGAGUGGGUGCGGGACAAAGGUCAUCACAUAAAAUCACAAGUGACUGCAGCUUCAGGUGCCGUGGCCUUAAUUCAAAUACAGGAAGGACUUAAGAAAUUGGAGCAAGGUGAAAAUAAUCAGGAGAACUUGUUAAAGCACAUUGAAGAGAAGAAAGAUGCAAUGGUGAACUCCCUUUGGAAAAUCAAUGUGGUAGACAUUGAGUCUACUCUCUCACAUGUAUGCCAGGCGGUACUCCAAGAUAACACAGCCCCAAAGGACAUUCUGAAGCUACGGGCCAAAGCACUGAAAAAGCUUGGAACCAUUUUUCAGGUCCAGAUCGUCUUUUCUACUGCCCUGAACCUGGACAAAACACACACUCCCAAAGACUUUGGGAGGUACGGAAAACAAAGGAGUAUCACGAAGAAGUAUUUGGAUUAGAGGACUUGCCUUGAAAAACUCUUGAUGACAUACGAUUUAUGAAGAAGGCUGCAGUAUGAACAGCCUCAGAUCACAAGGGUUUUAGAAUAUUUAUUCCAAACAAAAGAGUUCUUGAAGGGCUAGAUCCACCGGCAUCAAAUGGACAAUUUUUGUUCACUAAAAACAGAAUACUUCCUUUACCAAUCUUUUAAGUCAUUUCUUUGAUCACUAGAGUGAGAUGAGCCUAUGUGCAAAUUUUGUGUCCAACAAACUCCUCUAGCUCAACAGGCUUGUGCUACAGUAUAAGCCUGCUGGCUUAUAGGAUAUUUUUCCUAUGUAAGUAGAAAAAAAAAAUUUAAUGACUUGUACUUAUUGGGAAAUGAAAAGAUGGCUUAACUGGCCCCUGGCCUUUCAGGACUGGUUCUUGUGGUCAUUUUCUUCUUUUUUAAGUUUUUGACUAUUUUGUUGUUUGUCAUUCACUGCUACAAUAUCAUCUUUG